CAAACCAAACUCAGUUCAAUUUUCGACUCAAACUGAGUUUACAACUUGAGUUAGGUAGGAAGGUUACUUAAGUUUUUUUGUCGGUCAUAAAAUGGCGGUGUUGAAUAGACGUAGGCGUCGUAGGCAGAAACAAAUAUCAACAUUGUCAAGGGGAUUAGACGAUAGACAAAAUCCUCUUGAGUUCAUGGAACCCGAGGAGUUAUUCAUGAGGUUCCGUUUCCGUGCGGAGAGCAUUUUAUUUAUUGUUUCCCUUGUUUGUGAGAAACUUGAACGGUGCUCCAACCGAAGCAGCCCAUUACCUGUUUUAACGCAGGUACUUGUCGCCCUGCGUUUCCUGGCCACUGGAUCUUUUUAUUCUUUGAUCGCGGAUUCAUAUUCGAUUAUUUCAACUUCUUUGGUGUUUCGGUCAGUCAGAGAUGUAUGCACUUGUCUGAUCGAACAUCUCCGGCAUUUUGUAUGUAUGCCAACUAGACAAGAUGCAGACAAGAUCAAGAAAAUGUUCUUCCAAAUUGCAGGUUUCCCAAAUGUUCUGGGCUGCUUAGUUGGAACCUUCAUCCGCAUUAUAGCACCCUCAAGGAAUGAAGUCGAUUAUUUGAAUCGUAAAGGAUUUCACUCACUCAAUGUUCAGAUGAUAUGUGAAGCCAACUACAAGUCCAUCCAUUGUGUUGUGAAGUGGCCAGGGAGUGUCCAUGACAGCCGCAUCUUCCGGGACAGUAAAAUCAGCGUUGCUUUUGAAAAUGGAACAUACAAGGGCUUUCUUCUUGGAGACUCGGGAUAUCCAUGCAAGUCUUACUUAAUGACACCUUUCCUCACAACCUCAUGCCGGGCUGAAGAAAGAUAUAACAGAAGUCACUGCAGAACUAGAGUUUUAGUCGAACAGAGUUUUGGAAUUUUAAAACGAAGAUUUUCUUGCUUACACAGUGGAUUAAGAACAACACCUCAAAAUGCUUGUAAAAUUAUAACUGCCUGCGUGAUUCUACAUAAUAUUGGUAUUGAUAGAAAAGAUAUAAUAAAUGUUGAUCAUGAUGAUAUUGACACGAAUAAUAAUGUCAUUGUCCAUGUUGCUGAUGAAUGGACAGGUAGCAAUGUUCGUAAAAACUUGUGCCAGCAGUUUUUCAGGUAAAUGUUUGUAAUAUGAAAUACUUUAAGUGGGAAGGUGGCAAGGGAUUGGCUUGUUCAAUUUUCUCUAGAUUAUCAAUGUAAAUUGCAACUGACAUUUACUGACCUAUGCAUAAAUGCAUUGAUGCUAUCUGUAUUUGAUGUAGCUCCCAACUGUUUUGAUACAUAGAUGCUUGUAUUUGUGGUCAAAAGAAUUUUGCUAUUAACAAUUUGUUUGAUAAUGCUGGUUAAUAUCUGGUAUCUUCCUGCUUCUUCUAAUACUUGUGCACAGGUAAACAGGAGCUAUUAGACAGCCCAGGUAUAGUCAGGGAUGAGUGACUUUGCUAGUUAGACAAAGUAGGUAUGUGGAUCCGUCAAUGUUACUGUCAAUAGGAAUGCAUGAAAAUAAUAAUAAUAAUA